AUGAGAUCAGUGGGCAGUGAUUUCCAGCAGCGGAUUCUGGAGUGUGGUAGGAGUUUGUUUAACUGGGGUGGUGACUAUUAUAACAAAUUUGGACGUCGUAUACAACAUUUACGCAACAGGCUAAAAAUUUUGCGUGAUAAUAGGAACCCUACGGCUGUUAAUGAAUACCUCUCUACGCAACAUGAGCUGACUGUUUUAUCAUCCCAGGAGGAGUUAUAUUGGCGACAACGGGCAAAACAAUUAUGGCUAAAAGAGGGGGAUAGUAAUACGAAUUAUUUUCACAAAUCUGCCUCUGCACGAAAACGAAGUAAUUAUCUCAAGCGUAUCAAGAAUGCAGAUGAUGAUUGGGUGGAAGGGCCUAGCAUGAAAGCGGUAAUCUUGGAGUAUUACUGUGACAUCUUCAAAACCGCUUCAACCUCUGUUAACUUUUUGCAUCAUGUGCAGAAGCGUGUAACAGACGAUAUGAAUUCUCGACUGCUCCGUCCCUUUACACAUGAAGAAGUGAAAGAUGCUCUUUUUCAAAUGGCGCCUGAGAAAGCCCCGGGGCCUGACGGUAUGACGCCUGCGUUCUAUCAAAGGUUUUGGCCUGUGGUUGGCCACGAUCUGUGCUGCUUCGUGUUGGAUUGCUUGAACAGGCGCUACAUUCCAGAGGGGCUUAAUAAUACAACCAUUGUUCUCAUCCCAAAGAAGAAAGUACCAGAAAAAGUGGGAGACCUACGGCCGAUCGCUUUAUGUAAUGUAGCCUAUAAGGUCUUAGCCAAAGUGUUAGCCAACCGGCUAAAAGAGGUAUUAGAGGGGGUAAUAUCUUCGACCCAGAAUGCUUUUAUCAAGAACCGUUUGCUAUCAGAUAAUAUCUUAUUAGCCGGGGAGAUAGGUCAUUACCUACGAAGGACGCGUCAAGGAACGAUGGAUUGGGCAGCCUUGAAACUUGAUAUGGCUAAAGCAUACGAUCGCAUGAAGUGGAGUUUUUUAGAGGCAAUGUUUGGAGGUUUGGGGUUUGAUCCUGCAUGGGUUCAGCUAUUAUUAAUGUGUGUGACGACCAUUAGUUACAAUAUCACUGUAAAUGACGAACCAACAGGUAAUGUUGUACCUACGAGGGGUAUUCGCCAAGGAGACCCCUUGUCACCUUAUUUAUUCAUCAUCUGUGCUGAAGGUCUGUCUACUCUUCUUAAUCGGGCAGAAUCAUGCGGUGAUAUGCAUGGUAUUAAGAUAGCCAGGAACGCGCCUUCUAUUAAUCACUUGUUGUUUGCCGAUGAUUGCCUUCUGUUUUUCAGAGCAUGUCCACGUGAAAUGGAAGUGGUGAAAGACACACUGGAUGACUAUUGCGUAGCAUCCGGGCAGAGAAUUAAUUUUGAUAAAUCUAAUAUCAUGUUUAGUGCCAGUACACCAACCAACAUGUGGGAUUUUAUUGCUGAGUAUCUUGAUGUGCGCCAAACGGAUGAUCUGGGAAAAGAGAUACUGCUCAAGAGCAUUGGCAAAGCCCUACCAAUCUUUACUAUGUCGGCUUAUUUGCUUCCUUUGAGCAUAUGUGAAAGUUUAGAGAGGCUUAUGAACCGCUUUUGGUGGGAGAACAAUGACACAACUGCCCUUCUAGCUAAGCAGGGAUGGCGUCUGAUGACCUGCCCGGGAUCUCUGGUUACCAAAGUCAUAAAGGCUCGGUACUACCCCCACUCUGAUUUCUUGGAGGCGGAGUUGGGCAACAACCCGAGCUAUCUAUGGAGGUCAAUUUUAGCUACAAAAAGUGUUCUUCGGGAAGGAAUGGCAAAGCGUAUUGGUAAUGGUCGAAACACAAAGGUGUGGGGUGCUCCUUGGCUGUUGGACAAAUCCAAUCCGACGCUGAAUACGCCGAUUGUGGAUGAACUAAGGGAAGCUCCGGUAUCUGGUUUACUCACAACCAAUGGUGAAUGGGAUAUUGAGGUGCUACAAGACAUCUUCGUUGCGCAAGACAUCCCUAGAAUCCUUGCAACACCCGUUUCGGUGGAUUAUGAGGAUGAGUGGUAUUGGAAGGACGAUAUCAACGGAAGGUACACUGUGAGCCAUGGCUAUCGCUCCUUGAUGGCAAAUAGGGAAACCUCGGAAUCGCAUCUUGAGUUCACAGAAUGGAAGUUGUUAUGGAAACUGUCAGUGCCUCCUAAAGUUAAAAAUUUCCUUUGGAGAUUUUUGAGGAAGGUGUUGCCUGUUCGAGAAAAUUUGAAUUCCAAACAUGUUUAUGAGGGAGGAGGCUGCCCUUUUUGCGCAUAUGAGUAUGAAACCAUCGAACAUCUUUUCUGCGAGUGCCAGGCAAUCAGCCCGUUGUGGGGUGGUAGUGGUCUAGACGGAGCUGUGAACUUGUAUUAUUUUAUGAAUGUUGCUGUUGUUACAUUUCCAAUCGCAGAGAGGAUCAAGACUUACGUGCAAGAGGGAAACACGUCCACACAAUCUCCUCCCGUGUCUAAUCAUACACCUGGUUGGAGUCCCCCGCCGGUAAAUUUCUUAAAAUGUAAUGUUGAUGCAACUAUUUUUGCUGAUGGAGCGGGUUUUGGCGCGGUGGUACGAGACGAAGAGGGUAGGUUCGUGGCUGCUUGUAGUGCGAGGUUAAACUGCCAAGAUGACCCUUUCAUGGCGGAAACAAUGGCGGUGAAGGAAGCCCUCAAAUGGUUGAAGACUAAUCGGUUUAAUAAUGUUAUUCUUGAAACUGAUUGCUUAAAUUUUUGUUCGGCUUUUAAUUCAUACAUUGGAAACCUUCGUGUUCGCCAUGUCAAUAGGUCAGCGAAUCAUAUAGCUCACGUCUUAGCACGGGCUUCUGAUUCUUUGUCUGCCUUAGGUUCGUGGUUUACGGUGACACCAGCCUGUAUCUCAUUCCUAUUUGAUGUUCAAUGA